AGGGAGGAGGGGAGGCGCCGGAUCCAAUGAGGGGCGGCAGCCCGGGGCACCGCGCCGCCGGCUCGCCCCAGCCCCGGCCCCCUUCCAUUCCCGCUCCGCCCGCCGGCCCCUCCGCUCCAGCCUGGCCGGCGGCGCUCUCCCUGCAGCAACUUUCUCGCACGCCCGGUGACCGCCCCGCGGGCCGGGGACAGACGGCGCGGCAGAAGCAGCGGCAGAGCUAGGACUAGGCAUGCCGGCGGCGGCGGGCGACGGGCUCCUGAGCGAGCCACCGGCGGUGGCGGGAAGCGGCAGCGGGGAGGCGCGGCGGGCGGCGGCGGGCGCGGAGUGCAGUUUCCUGGCCGCCUGGUUAAGCGCGGCGGCGGCGGCGCCGCGGGAGCGACUCCGCGACUUCCAGCACACCAAACGGGUCGGCAACUAUCUAAUCGGCAGGAAGCUGGGAGAGGGGUCCUUCGCCAAGGUCCGGGAAGGGCUCCAUGUGCUCACCGGAGAGAAGGUGGCAGUGAAAGUAAUUGACAAGAAAAGAGCCAAAAAGGACACCUAUGUCACCAAGAAUCUGCGACGGGAAGGGCAGAUCCAGCAAAUGAUUCGCCACCCAAAUAUUGCUCAGCUGCUGGAUAUACUAGAAACUGAAAACAGCUACUAUCUUGUCAUGGAGCUGUGCCCUGGUGGCAACUUGAUGCACAAGAUCUAUGAGAAAAAAAGACUCGAGGAGCACGAAGCGCGCAAAUACAUCCGUCAGCUUAUCCUGGCAGUUGAACACCUUCACCGGGCAGGAGUAGUUCACAGGGACUUGAAGAUAGAAAAUCUGUUGCUAGAUGAAGACAACAAUAUCAAGCUUAUUGACUUUGGAUUGAGCAACUGCGCAGGCAUCUUGGGUUAUUCUGAUCCAUUCAGCACCCAGUGUGGGAGCCCAGCAUAUGCAGCCCCUGAACUUCUGGCAAGGAAAAAAUACGGCCCCAAAAUAGAUGUUUGGUCCAUUGGGGUGAACAUGUAUGCAAUGUUGACUGGAACAUUACCUUUUACUGUGGAGCCAUUCAGCUUGAGAGCUUUAUACCAGAAAAUGGUGGACAAAGAAAUGAACCCUUUUCCCACCCAACUCUCUACAGCGGCUGUAAACUUUCUGCGGUCUCUACUAGAGCCAGAUCCCGCAAAGAGACCAAACAUCCAGCAGGCACUUGCAAACCGAUGGCUUAACGAGAAUUACCCAGGACGAGCACCACCUAAUGUCACAUACCCCAACAGGAUUCACCUUGAGGACCUCAGCCAAAGCGUGCUGCUCCAUAUGACUGAGAAGCUUGGCUACAAGAACAGCGAUGUCAUCAACACCGUGCUCUCCAACAGGGCAAGUCACACGCUUGCAAUCUACUUUCUACUUAAUAAGAAGCUGGAGCGCUACUUGGCAAGCCUUAGGAAGUCUGAAGGCCAGGACAGUAUUUGCCACAAGAACCAGAUAUACCAGAUAGAAAAAUACAAGGCAAAUAAAGACUCCUAUGAGGACAAAAAACUCAAAGAGCAAGAAAAGAAAGGGGAGAUUCUUCACCGUCAGCUCCCAAAGAAAACUGAGAAAAGUCCAGUUUCAUAUAGACAGCCUUCUUCCUGUCUUAUCUCACAGAUACAGAACACCAAGGCUCUGCUGAAAGACCGGAAAGUCACCAAGGCUGGAGGUCCAGAGAAAGACUCUAGCGGUGGGGUAAGCCCUUUCCAUGAACCCCUGGCGACCAAGACGGGCUGCGUCACUUCCAGCUCCCUGGAGUACCUUGAAGUCCAACAGCCGCCCCCUAGAACCCCUCGGCUCCUCAAGAGGCAGGAGUCUCCACAGCAGGAGCCAGCCCGGAUUGGGGGCCGGGGAAAGGACUCUCCUCUCAUCCUGAAUAUUGUGCACUCCUUUGAGUCGGUUGACAGAGAGGACCAGAUAGACCAGGUUUCCCCCUCUCACCAGUACAGAAUUUUAGGCUCACCAAUGAAUUUCCCUUACAAAAGCUCAAGUGAAAGGACACUGUCCCCACUUUUUCAGCCAGGAAGUGCGUCCCCCGUCCACCCCAACCAAGUCUCUUUCACAUACGAAGAAAAAGCAUAUCCGGCGAAAGAAGAAGCAGUGUCCCCUACUCAGCUGGUUUCCAACAACCCCUUGGGCAGCCCUAACUGUGUUAAAAGCAGAGGCAGAUUCCCCAUGAUGGGGAUCGGACAGAUGCUGCGGAAGAGGAACCAGACAAUGCAGUCGGCGAGUGACAAGCCGCUGGAAGCCAGGAUGCCUCAGCUGCAGCAGAUGAGCCCCACGCAGAUUUCCUUCAAUGCAGCAGAUGCUGUCAGCGGCCAGUGUUAGUCUGACGUCCUGGGAUUUGCACUGCUGUUCUCUCGAACCUGACCUUUUUACUUCUAACAAAAAGGGAAAGCCACAGGCAUGUUACUGUCACAAUGUAAUAUGCUACAAUCGUCCAACAUAGAAAGUCAGAGGUCUGCUUGUAAGGAAGGCAUUGUCCUACAUAUUACAGUAGAAAGGGAAGGGCUCUACUUGUGCUUUUAAGAAACACUAGCAUCCGGCAUCGUAACUGUACACUAAAACAUGUCUUGGCAGAGCUAUGUGAAUAUGUAUUUUCACUGUUCUCAUCUAGUAUUGCAGUAAGGUUGAUUGGGAGAGCAGUGGGCAUUAAUGGCUUGAUUCAUCAAGGUAAUCUGUGUGGUGCCAUGGAUGCCAAUCUCAUCCAGGAUCUGUGGUAAGACUGCCUGUGCUCCAUCUGCCUCUGCCACACGGUACUGUGGUGUUGCUACAGGCAUUGUUCACGUGGCUAGACAAGUGGAAAAAUUCAAGAUACUGCCUCCAAAGUCUACUUGCUAAGAAGUACUGCCAAGAAGAUGAAGCUGGCAGAAGCUUGAACAAAGACAUGAGGGUUCUAAACAUUCGGAAAAAGUGGGAGGAUUGGAAGUCAAAGCAGAUUUUACAGUUAAUUACAUAAAGUAGCUAAUAAUGGAAUUUUUCUUUCCUAAAGAAAAUUAUGAUUUAAUGAUGUCACUCAGAAGAAACACGAUUAUUUAAAAGCAAGUUUCAUCACGUGGAAAUCCACUGCACUAGAGGCCUGUUCCUUUCAUAUGAUAGAUCUGCAAGCAGAUGCUUCAAACACUGAUCCAGACUGCAACAUGCCAUGUUUAAACAAUCCACUCACCGGUGAUGUUCGCAGCCAUACCAGUUUCAUGGCACACCUACGUGCAGGAUGGCAUUAACCUGUUACAGCAAGGCAGCACUGGGUGCACCUGAAGGCUUUUCUGAGAGACUACAGUGAAUUUAAAAGACUGCAGUGAACUGAAAAAAAAUACUAAAGGACACCUGAACCUGUACCAGUGCCGUUUUAUACUGCAAGAGUGGUGAUGCAGUGGUUACCAAAAAUUCAGUAUUGUUAUGAGGGGUAAAGAUUAACUUUCUUAAAAGGCACCAUGAUCAGCAUACCUGUUUUGUUUUUCUAUGUAAAUGACACAUCUGAGAGGUUGGCAACAUCUUUUUGGUUCUGUUUUUGAGUUCAAACUAUUUCCUAUAAAUUAGAAUGUUUAUCUAAAGGCUUCUCUUUUCCUUUUUGUCUGGAUGGCGCUUGCAUGUGUGUUUGUGUGUAUGGGGCACCUCAACAAAGCUUCUGCCAGUCUGGCUCCAAAGCAGGCAGCCCUGACCCCCGUGUGCCUCGCUGCUACUUCAUGUCAUUUCAAAAUCCAGGCAGC